CCUGUCUCUGUAUCUGAUCAAGCAGAAGCAGACACUUUUCUUAGAAGCAGAAACAGGUUACACUGCCAAUGGCAUAACGGGAACCACUGCACGGCGACACGUGGCGGCCAAGGAUAGCUGUAAGCCAAUACCAUCCUCCUAGGCAAAACCAGGAGGUGUGCUCAGUAGCAGAGAGAAAACCUGGGGAUGCUUCAGAUCAUGCAUUCAGACAUGAAGAGACCUGUCACAGGAAAAGAGAUGCUAAAGUGUGAUUAGGAGAAGAGCAGAAAGCUGGAAUCUUGUCAAUCAGGUCCUGAAGAACUGACAGAUGACAACCCAUCAGACUACAAGAGGGGGUUUUAUUGCACCCAGGCUGGAAUUAUCUCAAGGAUACUACCAGGGGGGACAAUGAACAACAUCACUGAGUGCCACGAUGAUCACACCCUGGACAAGUAUUUGUUUCCAUUUGUGUACAGCGUUGUGAUGAUGAUCAGUAUCCCCAUCAACUGCAUAUCCCUCUAUGCAUCUUGCAUUCAGGUGAGGAAAAAGAAUGAGUUAGCAGUCUACAUCUUUAGCCUGUCUCUGGCUGACCUUUUGUACUCUUUGAUUCUGCCCCUGUGGAUUGAUUAUGCCUGGCAUGGAGAUGACUGGAGGUUCUCUGCCUUGCUUUGUCAGAUUUUUGCCUUCCUUAUGUAUAUGAAUUUCUACACCAGCACUGCGUUCCUUGCUUGCAUCUCUCUUGACAGGUACCUGGCAUUAGUUCACCCCUUGAAGCUCCAGUACUUGCGCACAAGAAGAUUUUCAUUGAUUGUCAGCAUAAUUAUUUGGCUUCUGGAAAGCAUCUUUAAUUCAGGCAUAUUGGUGUACAAAGAAGUAUUCAAUGAUCCUUGCAAUUUCACUAAUCAUACAUUAUGCUAUGAUAACUACCCCCUGGAAAGGUGGCAGGCGAACAUAAAUGUAUUCCGGAUAUGCUCAGGGUACUUGGUCCCUUUGAUAAUCAUUGUGUUUUGCUACCAUAAAAUCUACCAAGUCGUGAGGUAUAACCAAGCCACAGUAGAUGAAGAAAAGAAAAAAGUGAAAAAACUUAUUGUGAACAUCACAGUUAGUUUCAUUUUUUGUUUUACUCCUUAUCACAUUGUACUGCUUAUUCGCAGCAUCACAGAACCUUCCACCUCUGACUCACAUCUUUUGUUGCUGAUGUAUAAGGUUUACAGAAUCACACAGGCCUUAGCAAGUUUGAAUUGCAUUGCGGAUCCCAUUCUGUACUGCUUUGUGAGUGAAACUGCACGGACAGAGAUAGUGAAUUUGCUCAGGUGUUGCUUGUGCCUGCAAAAGCGUGGGGAAGACCAAGUGAAGGGGCAUGCUCCAUGCAGUUCUGCUACAAAAAACACUGCACUGAUCACCUACAGAAGUUCCUGUGAAACACAGACUGUCAAAGUUUCCUGAAUGAGCACAUGCAAAGGAAAACUGGAUAACCUAAAAGGAAAAGAAAGAAAAAUUGUUCUCCUAGGAACUUGUGUACCUAGGAAAUGCCCCAAAAGUCAGAGAUACCAGUCUAAGCAAAACCAGUAGCUGGAGCCAGUAAAAACUUACUAUAGGGUCAAUGAAAUCAAUGGAGUAUCAACACAUAUAUUUAAAUCAUGUGUGGUGUAUAAACCAGUGACUACAAGCAAAUGCAGUCCAGAAGGAUGGCUGUGACAUGCUGACAGAAUUAUUGAGGAUCCCCCACAGAACUGUCUCCUGUGGGCAGCUUGCUAGCCAGCUUGCUGCAAUGUACUAAGCUAGAGGAAGGCUGAUGUCCUCUUUGUCCUGAUUAGCAAAGGACUAGACAGAGGGAGUGUGGUAAAUUUCAUCUUGUUAUUUAUGCUGCUAUGAUGGUUCUUGUGUUUCAUUAAAGACUCCAAUUCUUCUUUAGCAUACCCUUGAGAUCAGACACUUCUUAAAAUUGUUUACCCUGCUGUGUACAGACACCCACACUUAAGCUUCUGUUUUUCUUGAAAAAUACAUUUUCUAAUGUACAGCUGUAUGUCAUGCAGUUUCAUUACAAUACCAGUAUUGGGUUUCAGAUAGUUAAAGAUUCAUUAAUUCAAGUGCCUAUAAAGAAGCAAAUUCUAGCCACCAGUGUUUUAAUUUGAAUGAAACUUUUCCUGAUACAUGCAGAGAAGCAGAGGAGGAUAGAAAGGUGAGGUUUCACAUCUCAGCAAUGUAAAGGGCCAGCCUUCAAAGUUGCUUAUUGUGACUGAAAUCUGGAGUGUGGUUCUGUUUUCAAACUCAGUAGAGUAAGGUUUGUAUCCAUUUACUAAACUGCACGUGGAGGCCUCAGCUAGAUGUUCCAGGGCUGUCAGUCUGGCAGUUUUAAAAAAUUAAACAAGCCAGCCAGCAAUACUGACAAACCAGCAAAGAGCAUGCACGUACCAACAAACAGUAAGAAUGGAUGCAAAAGAACACACAUUUUGAAAAAGUUGGUGUUAGCACAAAUCUGAAGUACAGCUGUUAAUUCAGGGACCUGUUCAUGUGCAGGCAGAAACAGCUGCCGGGCUCCCUGGUUCCUUGUCCUGUCCAGAUACCUGACCUUCUGAAAAGAGUUGAAACAUUACCUUUUUUUCUCUUCUCACAACCUUUUUACUUUUGCUCAAUUAAUUCCCAGGAAAAAAUAGUUGGUUAUGGUGUUUUUUUAUUUCAUGGGGAAAGAAUUUUUCUUUCCAUCAAAAAAAGAAUCGCCCUCUAGCAAAUUUAUGUGGUGGAAAGAUUUUGACCAGCAUUUUUCAGCACCCUUUUUGGUCUGACAUUAUGUGUAGAGGUUGUCCAUAAAGUGGUCACAAGCAAUAAGAUAUUUUUUAUGAGAGUGUGCCUCUGUGUUUGAAUAAAAAAUUUCUCCAUUGCAAAGAGCAUUUCCAUUGUUUUCAUGAGUUGCUCUAUGUGUCUAUACUUUCUGUUAAUUUCAUAUUCUGAAAUGGGACCUUGCCAGGCUGUGCAAGCUGGGCUUAUUCAGCCUGGAGAAGAAUUUGGAGGACCUAAUGACAGCUUUGUAAUCCUGCAAAGAGGAUAUUGAGACGAUGGAUCCAAGCUCCUCACAAGAGCUCAUAGCAGGAGUGGUGUGGUUUAAGCCUGGCUGGAAAUUAGGGACCACACAGCCACUCGCUCAACCCCCUUCUGUCCCCCCACAGACAGGUGGAGUGGAAAGCAGAAUCAAAGUCAAACCUGUAUGUUUGGUUAAGAACAGUUUUAUAAUCAAAAAUAAAUUUUAAAUGUAGAAUAAUGGGCAAUUAUAAUAAUAAUGAUAAUAAUAAGGGAAAAAACAAUUGACCAAUUGACCACUCACUGACCAAUACCAGACCCCACUUCCUGAACCCAGAUCAGCCACCCUUCUGGGUAACUUCCCCCAGGUUAUCUACUGGGCAGGACAUCCUAUUGUGUGGAAUAUCCCUUUGGCCAGUUCGGGUCACCUGUCCCAGCUGUGCUCCCUCCCAGUUUCUUUUGCAAACCUCCUGACUGCCAGAGCAUGAGACAAGAAAAAAGUCCUUUACUUAGGAUAAACACUUAACAAAACCAAAACAAAUAAGUGUGUCAUCAACACCGCUCUCAUUCUGAAUUCAAAACACAGCACUGUAACAGCUAUUGAAAGGAAUUUAACUUUACCUGAGCUGAAAACAGGACAAGAAGGGACAAGAAAUCAUGUGUAAGAUUUGAAGCAGGAAGGGUCAGAGUUGAUAUAAGGAAGAGUUUCUGAGCUAUGAAGAACUGAUAAGCAGUGGAGCAGGUUGCACCAAGAUGUUCUGUG